AUGAAUGUGGGGACCACUGUGGAUGACGAGCAGGGAGGGAAUGUUGCUAGAGAGAUCCCGGGUCCCCACAACCCGCCCAGGUUGGCAAGAGGAAGGAAGCUCGUGGUCGCCCCGCGUCCCCGUCCCUUCUCGGCGCAGAGACCUCACUCACCCGGCUCCGCGGCCCGGGUCCUCCCACGUCUCCCAGAGGCUAUUUGUUCCCGGCCCCGCGAGCCUCCCCGGAGCGCGGGAGCUCGGCCCGGGCUCCUCUUUGUAGCUGCGGCGGGUCCCGCUCCCUGCGACGCCGCUCGGGACGCAACCGGCCGUGCUCUGGCCGAGCCGGGGCGGCGGGACGUCGGGGAGACAGACAUUCGAGAGAAGACUGAGGGAUUCAAACUGAAAACCCCGAGGAGAGUGUUUUCGGAGUCUUCUCUUGUGCUUGCAAACAGCGACAGUCUCAAGCUGGGAAAGCAACUUUGGGUAGACCGGGCAGGCGAGGACCGCGCCCCACCGAUCGCAGGCACUCGGCCUGGGAGACGGUACGCGGGCCUCUCACUGUUGUGGCCUCUCCUAUUGGGGAGCACAGGCUCCGGACGCGCAGGCUCAGUGGCCAUGGCUCACGGGCCCAGCCGCUCCGCGGCAUGUGGGAUCCUCCCGGACCGGGGCAUGAACACGUGUCCCCUGCAUCGGCAGGGAGACUCUCAACCACUGUGCCACCAGGGAAGCCCUACAGGCCUUCUUUUGCUGAUACUGCUGCUGAUAGAACCCAGGAAGACUCUGGGCAGUGAGCGUCCUGGGAUCUGGGGACCUGGCUGGGGAGGGGGAGGAUGGAAGGCGGGCAGGAAUGGAAAGGGCUCCACAGUGGUAGGCACCUGUCCACAGUGCUCUUAGGAUGGUGAGGGUGUGGUUUAGCUGGACUGGCUGCCCUGGAGGUGUGGGGACCCCAGCCUAAGGCAGGGUGCCUGACCUGUGCUCGUGUGACAGCUCUCCCUCUCCUGCCAAGUCCCACCUCCAGGAAGCCUUUCCUGAUGACCCGGGACCCAUCAUGAAUGUGGCAUGUGUUGUCCUAUGGUGUCUUUUUUCCCGUUUUUUGAAAGUCCUGUCUGUUCAGAUAGAUUUUAAGUCCCUCGAGUACAGACACUGUCUUGUAUUUUUGGUACCUCAACAGCUGGUACAUGACGCUAAAAAGAUUCGUCAGGUAGAUCCUCCUGUGUGCA